AUGCGGGAUAGAGCUCGUAUACCAUUGCUGGCGAGGUCCGUCAAGGAUAGAGUUACUUUAUUCCCGGGCGGAGCUGACCCUUGGGCUGCUCGUAGUUGGUUGAGGAAUUUAGAAAGCACUUUCGGGUACAUGAGUUGUACAGAUGAAGAGAAGGUGGAAUUGGCUGUGUAUCACCUCCGAGAUCAGGCGGAGUUUCUGAAUCUCAAGCAGGGCGAUCGUUCAGUUUUGGAGUACAAUGCAGAGUUCAGUAGGUUGGCGGAAUUUUGUCCUCAGCUAGUGGCACAGGAUUACGACCGGAUGCAUCAGUUUACUCAGGGCCUUGCUGCAUACAUUCGGAUCCGGAUGUCAGGUUUUCCGGGUAGCUCCUACCGAGAAGUUUUGGACCGUGCACUGUAUAUCGAGAUGACGCAGCAGCAGGUUGCUCUAGAGAAAGGGGGAACAUCCCUCACAGUUACGACCAUAGAGAAGAUAUCAGAAGACUCAGAGUGCUCCACGUCAGCAGCGACCACCACCUUCUCAGGGACAGAUAUAUCAUGUGCAGGGUCAGGAACCAGAGACUACACAGUAUUCUGCCGCAGUGUCUUCUCAUCAGGCAUUUCCAGCGCAGACCACUCCAGGGAUGCCACAGCCGAGCUCAAAGAUCUAUUGAUAGAUACAGGUAGUUCCCAUUCAUUCAUAUCUCGACUAUUUCUUGGAAAUAUCGGGAGGCUGCCUACUCGUCGGACUCAUGGGUUGACGGUAUCUCUACCAUUUGGCGAGGUAAUAGAGAUGGUAGAAUUUGAUAUUAUAUUAGGCAUGGAUUGGUUGGCCAUGAACCAUGCCACAGUCGAUUGCGGAGCUAGAGUAGUCAUUUUCCGACCUCCCGGUCUACCAUCUUGGGUAUUCUUUGGAACCAGAAGUGAUGGGAUAGCAGUCAUAUCAACAAUGCAAGCGAGGAGAUUGUUGGCACAAGGCUGUCAGGGAUAUUUGCUGUCCAUAGUUAAAGCUGGUUCGGAUGCAUUACCACAGCUCUCGGAUGUUUCUAUCGUUCGAGAAUUUCCGGAUGUGUUCCCUGACGAACUCCUCGGUUUGCCUCCUAACCGGCAAGUCGAGUUUACUAUUGAGCUAGUUCCGGGAAUCGCACCGGUAUCCAAGACCCCCUAUCGCAUGGCACCAAAGGAGUUAGAGGAGCUGAAGGUUCAGUUGCAGGAGCUGUUGGACAGAGGAUUUAUCCGUCCCAGUGUUUCUCCAUGGGGAGCACUAGUACUCUUCGUUAAGAAGAAAGACGGAUCACUGAGAUUAUGUAUUGAUUACCGACAGCUGAAUGCGCUCAGGGUUGAAGAUGCAGAUAUUCCGAAGACAGCAUUUCGCACUCGUUAUGGUCAUUACGAGUUCUUGGUAAUGCCAUUUGGGCUUACCAAUGCCCCAACAGUGUUCGAUCUGAUGAACAGAGUAUUCCUUGAGUACUUAGAUCAGUUCAUCAUUGUGUUCAUCGAUGAUAUUCCGAUAUAUUCCCGAUAUGAGGAGGAACACAGGCGACAUCUUCGCAUAGUUUUGGAGACGCUUCGGCGAGAACACCUCUAUGCGAAGUUUAGUAAAUGUGCAUUCUGGCUAUCUUCGGUGGGUUUUCUUGGACACGUCGUUUCCAGCAGAGGUAUAUCAGUCGACCCGCAGAAGAUUGAGGCAAUCACUAGUUGGGAGCAGCCGAAGACGGUACAGGAGAUACGUAGCUUUUUGGGUCUAGCUGGGUAUUAUCGGAGAUUUGUCGAGAGUUUUUCCAGCAUAGCCUUGCCUUUGACACGAUUGACCGAAAGGGGGAAAAGUUUAGCUGGACAGAAUCUUGGACUGGGUGCUGUACUUAUGCAGCAUCAGCGGGUGGUGUCAUAUGACUCACGUCAGCUGAAAGAUCAUGAGAGGAAUUAUUCGGUCCAUGAUUUAGAGUUGGCAGCUAUCAUCUUUGCACUGAAAAUCUGGCGACAUCAUUUAUAUGGGAUCACCUUUGAGAUUUACACAGAUCAUAAGAGCCUCAAGUAUUUGUUUACCCAGAAGGAACUGAACCUGCGUCAGAGAAGAUGGAUGGAAUUCUUGAAAGACUAUGAUUCCACGAUUAACUAUCACUCGGGGAAAGCCAACGUAGUGGCCGAUGCGUUGAGCAGGAAAUCUCGUGGAGUUUUGGCUUGUCACCGAGUGAUGGUUACAGAGUUGAUACAGAGCUUCUCUGAGUUAGGGUUGAUGGAGCAAGCACAGACAGAGCGAGGCUUGCUAGUCACCAUGGUUGCUCAGUCACCUAUAGUGGAGUGUAUCAAAGAGGCUCAGGCUACAGAUCAGCAUCUGCAGUUUUUACGUAGCAGAGUUACCUCAGGAUAG